CCCCGUGUUCGUGCCAGGGUCCAGCACGAGCGCCUGCAUGUGAAGCACCGGGGCCAUGAGGCCAUGCAUGCCGAGAUGGUGCUGAUCCUCGUGGCCACGCUGGUGGUGGCUCAGAUCGUCCUGGUGCAGUGGAAGCAGCGGCACCACCGCUCAUACAAUCUGGUGACUCUGGUGCAGAUGUGGGUGGUGCCUCUGUACUUCACCAUCAAGCUGUACUGGUGGAGGUUCCUGUCCAUGUGGGGCAUGUUCUCCGUCAUCACCAGCUUCGUCAUCUUUCGAGCCACUCGCAAGCCGCUGUCCUGCAGGACGCCGAGGAUGGUGUACAAGUGGUUCCUGUUGAUCUACAAGCUGAGCUACGCGGUGGGCAUCCUGGGAUACCUGGCCAUCAUGUUCACCAUGUUCGGCUUCAACGUCUUCUUCAGGAUCAAGGCCGAGGACUCCAUGGAUGUCGGUGUCAUCAUGCUGUUUUAUGGUCUCUACUACGGCGUCAUGGGCAGAGACUUUGCUGAAAUCUGUUCUGACUACAUGGCUUCUACAAUCGGGUACUACAACAAGGGAGGCAUGCCCAGCAGGAGCCUGACCAAUGACAUCUGUGCGGUGUGCGGUCAGCGGAUCCUGGUGGAUGUGGAGGAGGAGGGGUUUAUUGAAGACACCUACCAGCUCUCCUGCGGACACAUAUUCCACGAAUUCUGCAUCCGCGGCUGGUGCAUCGUGGGUAAGAAGCAGACGUGUCCGUACUGCAACGAGAAGGUCGACCUGAAGAGGAUGAUGAACAAUCC